AUGGACGAGACCAAGCCCCUGAAGGUGCGGCUCACCUUCUGCGUGCUGCUGGUGGGUGUCUCACUGCUCUUUGCGGCCGUGGUGACGGACCACUGGGCCGUGCUGAGCCCCAGGGUGGAGAACUUCAAUGCCACCUGCGAGGCGGCUCACUUCGGGCUCUGGAGGCUCUGCACAAAGCGGAUUCAUGUGCGGGAGCAAGGUGCCAAAGAGACGGGCUGCGGGCCCAUCAGCCUGCCCGGAGCUCAAAACUGCUCCUACUUCAAGCACUUCACUCCUGGACAGAGCUCAGAGAUAUUUGAAGUCACCACCCAGAAAGAAUACAGCAUUUCAGCUGCAGCCAUUGCCAUCUUCAGCGUUGGCUUCGCAAUCAUCGGAACAAUCUGCGUCCUCUUCUCCUUCCAGAAGAAGAGGGACUACCUGCUGAAGCCAGCGUCCAUGUUCUACACCUUUGCAGGUCUCUGCAUCAUCAUCUCCGUGGAAGUCAUGAGACAGUCUGUGAAAAGGAUGAUCGACAGCAAGGACACAGUUUGGAUGGAGUACAGCUACUCCUGGUCCUUUGCCUGUGCCUGCUCCGCCUUCGUCCUGCUCUUCAUCUUCGGAAUUGUCCUCCUCCUCAUCGCGCUGCCCCGCUUCCCCCAGAACCCCUGGGAGACCUGCAUGGAUGCGGAACCCGAGCACUGACACUGCCCGCGCCCAUGGGAGAAGCCAGUGUCUUGAAAAAAUUUGUAUUUUUUAAAAUGUCUGGAUCUCACUAUAUUACACUCCAUUAACUAAGUCAUUAAUGAACCAAGGCAUGUUCAACUAUAACUAUUGCUUUGUUUCUUUUCUUCCUUUUCUUCUAUUUUUUCUUUUAAGAAAGAAGAAAGGGCGUUCAGAGCAGCACUGUGGGUGAAGGGCACUGCUCUCUUUCACCUCCUCCCCGCCGGAGGCCGAGCAGUGUUUUGCCAUUUGGGAUGCCUUGUGCCGAUACAACCAGGGGAAAAUGUGCACGUGAGACAGCUCGUGUCACUGAGUGGAAGGCUUCCCCAGGGCACGUGGUGUAGUUGGGGCUGGAGGGCAGCUCCGUGAGAAAUUCCAGCUCUGUGGGAGCCCAUCUCCCCCUGUGCCAUACUCCUCUGCCCCCCGAUGAGGGGUGAGCUCACCACCCAAACACAACGGAGAUCCUUAUGCUUUUCUACUAAACUAUUAGAAUAAAAAUUAACAAAAGACUUUGCCUAGCAUUGGGAUAAACAUUUAACCUACAGACUUACACCACGCAGUUCCGUUCUUUUGAAUUAAGCACAGCAAAAAAACCCAAGAUAUAAUUUCUGCUCUAUUUAAACUUUGGUGGCACAGCCAAGGCAUACUGAACAUUAAGAGUGAUAUUUUCCUUCAAUAAAAAGCACAACCUUCCGGUAGCACGAUUUUCUGGAAAUUGAUUUUGAUGGAUGAAUCACCUGGCCUAUCAAUUCCUGCUAAGUCCAGCAGUACGGUGUAAUUCCAUAAAUGGUGUUUACUGGAGCUCUCAUUUGUGCCUCGUGAGUAGGCCUAUUAAGAACACUCACUGCAUACAUAUGUAAAACUACAUAUAAGGAGAAAUCCUUCAAGGCAGUUGCCAGGAAGAAGAGGACCCAGGAGAGUUGGCCCCAAAAACAUGACAGUAGUGCAUUGCUGUUUAUGCACACCUGAAGGAACACAUGCCCUCGUGUCAGCACUGUACCCCAGCCUCAAGCAGCCAGAAGCCCACGGCUGCUGGUUAUUUGCAGUUCGGCUUUUAGAGUCCGCUAAGCA